GAGGAAACAAGGCGAAGAAGGGAGAGAGAACAAACGAAGGAGAGAGCUCUGUCUCUUGAUGCCAACGAAUCCUUCUUAUUUCUUGGUUCCCUCGCCCUCUCUUCUCCUCGGCCCUUUAUCGGUCAAACCACCUUCCCCUUCUCUUUCUCUCUUUUCUGGAGAGAAAGCAGAGAGAUUUAUUGACAGAAUUUGGCCCUUCCGGAGGAAAAAAGAGAUUUUGAUGAGUUCUGUCUCAUAUCCUACAGAAACUGAACCGAUCAUGGCUGGGACGGAUGACGACAGCUCCAUGAUCGAGUUCUGGCCGCCUUCGAAUCGCAGCUCAAGAACAUUAUCUCCGAGCUUAUCAAAUGAGGCGUUUGGUUCGGGUUCAUUCUCGGAUUUCUUGGCAGAGAAUGGAAAUGGAAAUGUGGGGCCUCUGUGGAAAUCUGAGACCCAAAGGAUGGGCACAAACACAAAUAUAGAAGGGAAUGAGGCUGGUGUCAGUGACUCAAAUGGUUUCUCCCUGCAACCAAGAUUGUUUGGAUCAAGUACUCCUGGAGGACUUGCUGAGAGGAUGGCAACAAGAAAAGGGUUUCAGGUGCCGAAGCUCGAUACAGCUUGUAUUCCCCCGGCCGGCAUGGCUUCACAGUCAGAUGUCGGUUUGCCUUAUUUGACGAUUCCGCCAGGUCUUAGUCCUACCAUGUUGUUGGAGUCUCCAGUUUUCCUUUCUGAUCCUAUGGUUCAACUAUUUUCAACUACUGGCAAAUUUAAAUCUGCAGAAGAUGAUGCUUCAAACUCGAUGUUGGUCUCAAAUUCAGCAGCUUCUACUAAAAGUGAAGACUAUCUAUUUGAAGACAAUCUAGAAGCAUUUGCAUUUAAGCCUCCUCCAGAGUCACACUCACACCUUUCAACCUCCGGAAAAAAGCCGCAGGAGUUACCAGGCAUGGAGGUGUCCACUCAACCAGAAAAGCCUACACGAGCAGGAAGUAUAGAAGCUGACAAGAACAGCAUCCAAAAUCAACAAGAAUUUCACCUCCAGGCUGGCUUUUCUGCCCCAUCUGACAGAAAAGAUACUAUCAAUAAUACUAAGUUAAACCAGAGAAUGUUCAACUCCUUAGUGGCAAGUCACCAUUCUCCAGCUGUUGAUGACCAGCAUGAUGGGGAAGGUGACCUAAGAGGAGAACUUUCUGCAGCCGCUGGCACUCCAGCUGAGGAUGGAUACAACUGGAGGAAAUAUGGGCAGAAACAGGUAAAGGGUUGCGAAUAUCCAAGAAGCUAUUACAAAUGUACUCAACCAAAUUGUCAGGUGAAAAAGAAGGUGGAGCGCUCUCAUGAGGGCCAUAUCACUGAGAUAAUCUACAAGGGUGCCCAUAAUCACCCAAAACCUCACCUAAAUCGCCGGCCUGGUAUUCCUUCUUCUCACCCAUUCAAUGAUGCUCAGAUUGACAGCACAGAACAACCUGGUUCGCAAACAAAUUGUGAUGGCAAACCUGCAAAAGGAAGCUCACAGAGUGGUAAUGGAGGCCAAGAUUGGUUGGUGAAUGGCCUGGAGGCAACCUCAUCUGCCCCUGCUGCUGCUGAACAGUGUGACCCUUCUAACUCCUUGCCGCAGAACCAAGAUGGUACCCGUUUAUCCUCAGAUGUUAUUGGUGUUUCAUCCACAAUGUCCAAUGACGAGGAAGAUGAUGAUCGAGCAACCCAUGGCAGUGUCUCACUUGGUUGUGAUGGUGAGGGAGAUGAGACCGAGUCUAAGAGAAGGAAGAUAGACGCUUGUGCCAUCGAAAUGAGUGCAGCUUCAAGAGCAGUUCGUGAACCAAGAGUUGUGGUUCAGACGACUAGUGAGGUUGACAUUCUGGAUGAUGGGUAUCGUUGGCGCAAGUACGGACAAAAGGUUGUCAAAGGAAAUCCAAAUCCAAGGAGUUAUUAUAAGUGCACCAAUCCAGGAUGCAUAGUUCGGAAGCACAUAGAGAGGGCCUCACAUGAUCUUAAGUCGGUGAUUACAACAUAUGAGGGCAAGCACAACCAUGACGUCCCAGUGGCUAGAAGCAGCAGUCAUCCAAAUUCUGCUCCUUCCUCAAAUCCCAAUUCAGAUCCUCAACCUCAUAGCCUUCUGCAGAGGUCAGAGCCAACCCAAGACAACUUUGUGAGGUUUGACGGCCAUGCACCUCUUGGCACAUUUAGGUUCCCUGGAAGAGAGCAGUUAGGACCAGCAACUAGCUGCUUCCCUUUUGCACUGGGACAACCAGGCUUGACCAACCUUGCUAUGGCUGGAUUGGGUCCUAUGGCAGCAAUGAAGAUGCCAGUUAUUCCUCCAGUUCAUCCCUAUCUGGGUCAUCAUCAUCCUGCUGAAGCAGGAUAUAUGAUGCAUAAAAUAGGGCCAAAGGAGGAAUCUGCGCCGGAUUCAGUGCUGCCUGUGCCACCAAAUGCAACUUCAGUUUAUCAUCAGAUGAUGAGCAGGCUACCUCUAGGACCGCACCUGUAAAUAACAGAAGGAAAGCUGAAUGCUUCUCUUAACACCGGGAAGAAAAAGAUGCUUCUCUUAACCUCGAUAUCAUCCUUGCUCCUUCAGACUUGCUCCUUCAGACUUGUUCUAGCGAUGUGCUUCUCUAAGAGAAGACCAGGAAUAUAGGUAAGUGCAAUAUAUGUUUUGUUAUCGUCAACAUGACCUGAUAGCAGGCAUAUCGCAAACAUCUCUUUUUAUCGAAUUGAUAAAGAUUGUUCUUCACUUGUCUUUUAGAUUUUAAUACAUCAUCUUCAGAUGGUCUAGUGGAAGGACUGCAGUUUCAUGCUGA